AUGAGCAGUGCCGAGCCCCAUUUGCAGAAGAUUUGUCCUGUCACCACCAUGAGCUCUGAAUAUGACGUUGGCGCUUCUAAAGCCGUGGUGAACGGGUUGGCACCAGGCAGCAAUGGGCAGGACAAAGACAUGGAUCCUACAAAAGUCUGCACUGGGAAGGGAGCCGUGACUCUCCGGGCCUCAUCCUCCUACAGGGACACCCCAAGCAGUAGCCCUGUGAGCCCUCAGGAAACCCCGCAAUACGAAAGCAAAGCAGAUGACUGGCGGCUUUCUUCCAAUGCCGAUGCCAAUGGAAACGCCCAGCCCUCUUCACUCGCUGCCAAGGGCUACAGAAGCGUGCACCCCAACCUUCCUUCCGACAAGCCCCAGGAUGCUACUUCCUCCAGCCCAGCCCAGCCUGAGGUCAUAGUUGUCCCUCUCUACCUGGUUAACACUGACAGAGGGCAAGAAGGCACUGCCAGACCUCCAGCACCUCUGGGGCCACUGGGCCCCCCAGUCCCGGCGGCCGCCCCUGCCAGCUCACCUCUGACCUUCCCGACUCUAGAUGAUUUCAUUCCCCCUCGUCUGCAGAGGCGGCCCCACCACAGCCCGCCAGCCAGCGCUCCUGGCCCCCACUCCCCCGUUAGCCAGACACCACCAUCCUUCUCACCACCGCCUCCGCUGGUCCCCCCAGUCCCGGAGGGCCUGCACAGCGUCUCGGAGCCUGACCUCACGGGAGCUGUUUCAAGUACCGAUUCAAGUCCUCUGCUAAAUGAAGUUUCUUCAUCUCGUGUCAGAACUGAUUCCCAAACCUGUGCACCAGUCAGCAAGCCAUCCUCUGCCUACCCCUCCACGACCAUUGUCAACCCCACUAUUGUGCUCCUGCAGCACAACCGAGAACAGCAGAAACGACUCAGCAGCCUGUCAGAUCCUGUGUCAGAAAGAAGAGUGGGAGAACAGGACUCGGCACCAACCCAGGAAAAACCUACCUCUCCUGGCAGGUCCACUGACAAAAAGGCCAAGGAUGACGGCCGGCGGGUGGCUAAGAGCACUCAGGACCUGAGCGAUGUGUCCAUGGAUGAAGUGGGCAUCCCACUCCGGAACACCGAGAGAUCCAAAGACUGGUACAAGACCAUGUUUAAGCAGAUCCACAAGCUAAACAGAGAUGAUGAUUCAGAUCUGUACUCUCCUCGAUACUCCUACUCUGAAGACACAAAAUCUCCCCUUUCCGUGCCUCGCUCAAAAAGUGAGAUGAGCUACAUUGACGGUGAGAAGGUAGUGAAGCGGUCAGCCACACUUCCCCUCCCGGCCCGCUCUUCCUCCCUGAAAUCAAGCCCAGAGAGAAACGACUGGGAGCCCCCAGAUAAGAAAGUGGACACAAGGAAAUACCGUGCCGAGCCCAAAAGCAUAUACGAGUAUCAGCCGGGCAAGUCCUCCGUUCUGAACAACGAAAAGAUGAGCUCAGCGGUCAGCCCCACUCCGGACAUGUCUUCAGAGCCUCCUGGAUAUAUAUAUUCUUCCAACUUCCACGCAGUGAAGAGGGAAUCGGAUGGGGCUCCUGGCGACCUCGGGAGCCUAGAGAAUGAGAGGCAGAUUUAUAAAAGCGUCCUGGAAGGUGGAGACAUCCCUCUCCAGGGCCUCAGUGGGCUCAAGCGCCCGUCCAGCUCGGCCUCCACGAAAGAUUCAGAAUCACCAAGACAUUUUAUACCAGCUGACUACUUGGAAUCCACGGAAGAAUUCAUCCGGAGGCGUCAUGACGAUAAAGAAAAACUUUUAGCGGACCAGCGACGACUUAAGCGCGAGCAAGAAGAGGCGGAUAUCGCAGCUCGACGCCACACGGGCGUCAUUCCGACGCACCAUCAGUUUAUCACUAAUGAGCGCUUUGGGGACCUCCUCAAUAUAGACGAUACGGCAAAAAGGAAAUCUGGGUCAGAGAUGAGACCUGCCAGAGCCAAAUUUGACUUUAAAGCUCAGACACUGAAGGAACUUCCUCUGCAGAAGGGAGACAUUGUUUACAUUUACAAGCAGAUCGACCAGAACUGGUACGAAGGCGAGCACCAUGGCCGAGUGGGCAUCUUCCCGCGCACCUACAUCGAGCUUCUUCCUCCUGCGGAGAAGGCUCAGCCCAAAAAGUUGGCACCGGUGCAGAUUUUGGAAUACGGAGAAGCUAUUGCAAAGUUCAACUUCAAUGGGGAUACGCAAGUAGAAAUGUCCUUCCGCAAGGGUGAGAGGAUCACGCUGCUCCGACAGGUGGACGAGAACUGGUACGAAGGGAGGAUCCCGGGCACGACCCGGCAAGGCAUCUUCCCCAUCACCUACGUGGACGUGCUCAAAAGGCCACUGGUGAAACACCCGGUGGAUUACAUCGACCUGCCUUACUCCUCCCCAAGUCGAAGUGCCACCGUGAGCCCACAGCAACCUCAAGCCCAGCAGCGAAGAGUCACCCCAGACAGGAGUCAAGCCUCACAAGAUUUAUUUAGCUACCAAGCAUUAUAUAGCUAUAUACCACAGAACGAUGAUGAGUUGGAACUCCGAGAUGGAGAUAUUGUUGAUGUCAUGGAAAAGUGUGACGAUGGAUGGUUUGUUGGAACUUCGAGAAGGACAAGGCAGUUUGGUACUUUUCCAGGCAACUAUGUAAAGCCUUUGUAUCUGUAA